AUGAGCUAUUACGGUAAUGACGAAGCCCCGCCGGCAUACCAGGCUGAAGACCCAAACCCGCUAGCCAUAACCUCAUCCACAGGCACAGUUGCCGCCCAACGAGCCAAGCCAAUUGGCUACUACAUCUACCGCUCUACGGCCGGAGGCUAUGUGGUCUUCUGGUCUUGUUUCAACGUUCUGGUCUUAACCACUUUUCUCGCAAUAUAUGAGAAAACAAAGAGGAAAUAUGGAAACCCGUUCGGAGUGCUAUCGUCGUCCCAUUUUACGGAAAUACUUGCCAAUGCGCUCGGUUAUCUGGAGGAGCGGCAAUGA